AUGAUCGGUGAUGUCAUUUCAGCAACCAAGAAAGGAUUGCCAUGUCGAAUCGUCGUGUUCAACGCGGACGAUGAAACGAUGAUCGGUGAUGUCAUUUCAGCAACCAAAACGGUAUUCGCAAACAGCCGCAAGAGGCAAACGCGCAAAGGGAUGGACUUUCCCGACGAUUUGGCUGACUCGGUUGCUGACGAGGGAUCGGCAACGAACGAAAUUGAUCGGGGUGAAAGCUUGACUGUAGAGGAAAUGAGCCACUUGAAGGCAACCGAACGUUGGAUUCAAUCUUCAAGCGUCGCAGAGGAAGCAAUAAGCUCCACGAGCACGAAUAAUGGGAACGAAUACACAAAAUCUAAUCAUACGGCUGUCAAAAGUCGGUUUCUAUUGGGGAACGUGAGGCUCAUCUCAAAGAACGCAUGUACCUAUGACCGAUUGGCGUGUCAGACCACUCCCCGCAGAAAUGAUGCACUACGCCCGGGAGGACACUCACUAUUUACUCUAUUGCUA